AUGGAUCAUCGGAGUCGAAUCCGCGAAAGGUCGCCGCGUCGCGAACAUGGCUCUCGCGACAGACGAGACAGAAGAAGCCGAGACUCGCGCUCACGCUCUCGGUCACCAGCUCAUAAGCGCGCAAAGACAUCAUCCUCGCGCCAUGAAAGACACUCGACAGAGCCAAGUGGCCACCACUCAUCGUCCAGACAUCGACACCGGGAACAUGCGAGCCGCGCACCGGUGACGCUCCCGUUUGACGCGAGACAGCUAUCCAAGGGGGAUCUGAACGCGUUUAGGCCGCUGUUUGCCGACUACCUUGAUCUCCAGAAGCAGAAGGAUAUUGAGGAGAUGGAUGAGCGCGAGAUCAGGGGGAGGUGGAAGAGUUUCAUUGGGAAGUGGAAUCGGGGGGAGUUGGCUGAAGGAUGGUAUGAUCCUGAGAUGUUUGCUCAGAUUACUGCCCAGGAUCAAGGUGCUCCUCGCGCUAGUCACUCGACUGCGAGAAGAGAUGAAAGAGAGGAGAGAGUGGAUGAUAAUGCCAAGGGGAGGGACGAUAACAGCGAAGAAGACGACGACGACUAUGGUCCUACCCUCCCAACAUCGGAUAACACACGCCGCUCUGGGCCAGGAAUACCCACGCUUCAGGAUCUCUCCCUCCGCGCUGAACUCGCAGCGGAAGACAAACAAGCCUCCAUCUCAGACCUCCACGCGGCACGCAAAGCCGACAGAGCAACCCAGCGCGAACGUCUCGACGAGCUCGUCCCCCGCGCAGAGCCAGGAACACGCGAACGAAUGCUCGAGAAGCGCGCAGCCGUGUCCGAAAAGAUGCGCUCGUUCCGCGACAAGAGCCCCGGUGCCAUGGAGGCGAGCAGCGAGCGCGAGCUCAUGGGGGGAGGAGACUCGCUCGAGGAGUACAAGCAGGCUAAGCAGCGUGAGCAGCGGCGCAAGACGGAGAGGGAGAUUCGCAGGGAGGAGAUUGAGCGCGCAAAGAGGGAGGAGAUUGAGGAGAAGAGGAGGGCUUGGAGGGAGAGGGAGGAGGGGACGAUUGGGAUGUUGAAGGAGUUGGCGCGGCAGCGUUUUGGAUAG